ACGUAGGCUGGUAGCAAUGAUCACAUGACUCUUGCCAGCUCAACAGUUUCAGUCCACUGACCUUUUUGCUGUCUACUAUCUUGGACAAUUCCCAAAAAUUUUGAAAAAAGAAAAUGAAUAGAACUGAAGUUACUGAGCAAUCAAGAACCAAGUUCUGUUGUCAAAUUAAUAUUAUAUUUUGCUACUGUCUUGUCACUUUAUUUUUUUUAUUUGGCUUGUUGAUUAUUUUUGCUAUAACGCCACAGCCUUAUUCCUCUCAGUUAUUUAUUGGAGAUGUUUUAAUGAAUACUUCCAGUCUUAUUACUGUUUCAUCAUCAAUUGCAGUAGUUGAUAUAACAUUUGAUGUAUUUGUUAGUAGAAUAUAUAUGGCUGAGACCAAUCCGCCUAUGCGUUUGGACUACCUUUCAGAAAUUGAAAUAAUUACUGAUGAAUAUGACAUUCAGGAUUAUAAUUAUCUCGGAAAAAGUGAUCCUAUUUAUUUGCUGGCGGGUUCAAAAAUAAUAUAUAAUACAUACAUUGAAACAGACAGAGUUUAUAAUUCGUCAAUCAAAGUGGCUUGUUUUUUCCUUUUUGAUAAUCCUACUAAUUUUGCAAAUUACAUUCUAUUUGGAAAAAAACAUGAAGUCAAGAAAACUAAGUGUUUUACAAUGAAUACUACCACUACCAAUUGGUCGUUUGACAUUACUUAUGAAUCACAGUACUAUGUAGGUGUUUCAUUUGAGAAAGGUGUUACUGUAGCUAGUAAUGUGUCCAUCAUUCGUAGCUACUAUGAUUUAUCACAAAUAACAUCAGAAGCUUUCUGCGUUGAUUCAAUGUCCUGUACCAUAAGAACAUGUGAAAGCAUUUGUAAUAAAAAAUCAGAAUCAUAUAUUAUCAUUGAAACCUCCCACAGUACCAAUAUGUCUUAUACUGUAACAAGUGCAGAUCUACAUGGGGAUAGACUGGUAGCAUUUAUAACUUUUCUGGUAUUGUAUCCCAUUUUGAUAUUGUGUUAUCUGGUUUGUUGUAUCUGUCUAUGCCCAUGUUGUUCUUUCACUCACUCAUGGAAAAACCGCAAUUAUUCUUCUGUAAGAUAUGCCAUGAUUGAAAAUUCACCUGAAAGUAGUCCUCGUAGCUCAUCUACUAAUGUGUCAUCAGUGAUGAUAAGAAAUGAAGGACAAAUCGAAGAAAACUCUUUAGAUAUUUUUUCAACAAAUAAAGAAAUGUGGCAUAGUUCCUCAAUAACCAAUUCAGAUGAUGCUCUUUUAGAAAGUUGCAAUAAGUGUUAUCCAAAUGAAUGUCUAUGUCAUAAUACUAUGAUGCAGCAAAUUAAACUGAACACGAAACAGCAGCUACAUCUACCGCCCAAUGCUACGAUAAUGCAAGAUUAUUAAGUGAACCACAAAUGUCUACUGAUACUUGUGUUAUGUCUCCAGUAGUAUCUGGCACUCAUCAAUAUUACCCACGUACAUUUAUCAAAAGCAGACUAUGAGUGUGAUAUUUUUGAACCUCAGUCAACUGAAUCUACAUCUUUAAUGGAGUCUGAUAUUGAAUUAUUAGCUCAAAGCAGCCCACUUUUAAUUCCUCUUCAUCAAAAUACCUUUGAACUUGAAGUCCACAGCAUUGAAACAGUGACUAUGGCCACAGAACAAGAUCAAAGAAUGGAAUCUAGUCUUGAGAAUGAUGUUGAUCCUAAUGAGAGAGCCCAUGAAAGUUUGCUGCAUCUAAAUUUUGAUGGCUCAACUCAUGGUGAGCUAAUGCCCCAACAAUGCAUUGAGCCAAGUUUAAUUGUUCCAAUAGAAGAAGUGCUUGAAAAAGCAAGAAGUGUGUUUGGUAAUCUGAUCCAGUUAUCAGUAGACAGCAAAGGUUUAGUCUACCACUGUGAUCAGUAUGGUUCAACUCUUGUUAUUCCAGAGGGAGCAGUACAACAAACAGCUACUGUUUGGUUUGGAUCGUGUUUUUUCAGUGAUAAGUUUAAGUUUGGCAAUUAUGUACCAGUUACUCCUAUUGUAUGGGUAUAUAUUAAUCAAAAAUUGCAUAAAUGUGCAGAAUUGUAUGUUACACAUGAUACUGAUAUUUCCAGUGAGGCUGACUUAUGUCAAUUUACUAUCUUAACUGCUGAUGAUAAUAGCCAUUCUGGAACAUUUGAGUUUUACCAAAAGCAGAAUUCAAUACUUCAAGCUCAUUCAGGUUUUGAGCAGGUCUUCAAAAUACAGUGUUCACAUUUCUGUUCAAACUGUGUUGCUGUUCACAAAAGACAAUACAAAGCCAUUUCCAAACGCUAUCUAAUAGCAAGAGCUGAGAAAAGAGAAAAAAAUAGUAAUUACAUUAUUGAGUUUAUUUUUAUAUGUCAGCAGCAAGGCUGUAGAAAGAUGAUUGAAGGUCAGUGUGCUAAGGAAGGAUUUAUGAUAACAUCUUAUAAAGCAGUAACUUUUACUGGUGAUGGUAGAGUAUCUCUUUUAUUUGAGCCUGAUACCUUCAUUGGUUGGAAAAGACAUUAUGAUCAUCUGGAGAGUGAAUAUAUUUCAGCAGAAAGUAUAGAUUACUACAAAAUAAUGGGAUGUGAGAACGUUGGAGAAGUGACAGAAGAUGAACUUGAACGACUUGACCUAUUGGAAGACACACUUUCAUAUCCUCCUCGAUUUAGGAUUCAGUUUUCACGGGAAGAUGUAUUUGCUAGUAAUCAAGAAGUGGUAAUCACGUUCAAUCAGGUUCACCCGUCAGUCUCAAGUAAAAUAUUGUUAGAGAGCAAUGGGAUUGUGCAAACUUUGUCACCACCAUCUUCAUGUUCUUCAGCAUCAUCAAACACUUGUUCUAUUGAUUCAUUCUCUAUAGAAAAUGAUCCUGAUUUAGGGGAUAUACUUCAUAUUAUUACCUCUGAGAAUUAUUUAAAUAAUAAUUGGUAUGCAUUCGGUUAUUAUCUUAAACUAGAUACUGGUCUGCUCAAUGAGAUUGAAACACUGUGCACUAGCACUAUUCAGUGUACUAGACGAACAAUACUUCAUUGGAGAAACAAAAACAAAACAGGCUUAAACAUUCCAGGAUACAUUUCAUGGGAGCCUUUAGCAAUAGCUCUUGUAAAGGUUGGGUUUCCCAAUUUAGCCCACAAAAUUAAAGAUCAUUUUCAAGCACCUCCAGAGCCUGAGUUUGAUCCAUGUUUCACUACCCAGGGUUACAAUGGAAUUUAUUGUUCACUUUGUGAUGAUUAUCACCUUAAUUUUGAGGAAUUGAAGCAACAUGUACCAAGUACUAUACUGAACAGUCCUCCAAUUGUACUUGAUGUUAUUAACAUGGUAGCUAAAAAAAUUGAAGACAAGUAUUAUUUGUUUGGAUUAGCAGUUGGUUUAAAUGAUGGUUACUUGAGAAGUCUCAUGACUGAUUAUCCUACUUGUCUUGAUAGGUUCAUUGCAGUUCUUGAUAGAUGGAAGAACAAUGAUCCAGAUAAUUUUAAAUGGAGUACUAUUAUUGAAAUAUUGCUGUCAGAUGCUAUUGGAGCUGCAGGAGUAGCUAAAGAUGUCAUGAAAUAUCUCACCAUUGAAAAAUGAGCCUAAUUUUGCUCUUAUUACUCUUGCAAGAGUUUAAUAUUACAUUUUUCAUGCAUCAUGGUUUUAUAAUUACUCAAAAGGUACUUAGAAAUUACUGAA